AUGGCGGUUUGCCCAAUGAAUACGGGCGAGGAGACACACCCAUAUUUUGCACAACACAUCACCGUGUUGUUCGGCUCGCUACACGUGGUGCACCACGUACGCCUGAACUUCAAAGUAUUAAACAGCAAUGCGUUCACGGCGGGCAUUGAAAUAACAAUGGACGGCCAAGCGUUCACCAGUAUGGAAAACGCCACGUUCUACCGGCAAAACGAUCAAACAUACAUCUUUGCUUUGCUUGGAGCGAUUGCGGUCAGAGGUUUACGCAUGGUUUUUCGGAAGUCAGUGGUUUUACGAAAAACUACACCUCACUCGAUUCAAGUGUUUGGACUAUCGACAGGCAGAGAUAUCCAUCAGUUCGACCCAUGCAAACCGUACAACACAUUGAAAGAUCGAGGUGUACCGAUGCUCCCGAACGACAUGGUCUUGUUCAAUCGGUCCUAUUUAUACGUGGACGACAAACUGAUUAUCUGCUAUUUGUGGGAGCUAUCAGAUCAGUGGAGCAAAUAUGCUAUGAAGUGUGUUUACGGUCUGGACAAACCAAAUUUAUCCUUCACAUUGCUCGGACCGAUGGUAUCUCAGGUUAUUGCGUAUCAACCUGAGGCAAAAUUAUACUUUGGAAUCGGGCCGGAACUAUUGAGCAUCGUUAUGUCCACAGAUCUAGAGCGGCCCUGGAUCGGUAUCAACCUAUACGGAUACCAGAUCAACGGCCUUAACAAGGGCGUGAUAAAAGCGGAAUAUCUACUGUGGGAAGAAACCGCAGAGUUUAAUUCUAAAUUGACUGGUUUAAACUGCACAAAAUACACGGCUGAAAAUUGGCACUGGGAGUCCAUCACUGAGUUUAGUUCAUAUGUAACAGUUUACCAAAACAUUGUAUGA